AGGAUCAAUGGUAUUUGCGACCUUGUUCAGGCAAAAUUUUGGCACUUUCUUCAUCCAGAGAUACUUAGGAUCCUGCAGCUGAGCUUAAUGGAAUUCCCUCUCACAGUUAAAAAUUAAAAAAAAAAACAACCAAAACCUGAAUAUGAAUGCAGAAGAAAGGCAAUUUGAUGUUUGUAAUUAUCAAGGUAAACUCCACCACCUGCUGAAUAUAUGCAAAAUGGACCCUGGAUGGUGUAUAUAAAAGUGGCAUGUGCAGAGAACAGGAGCAAGAAUUGAGAAUUCUUUCUGAUAGAGAAAGUCAUCACACAGGAUGACUACCAUGAGCAACAGGGGAGCUUCACUGAAAGGUUUGUUGCUGGUGGUCCUUUUGGUGUCCAACUUGCUUCUGACAAAGGAAGGAGUGACAUCCUUGCCAAUCUGCCCCAAUGAAUCUGGCACUUGCCAAGUUCCCCUUGGGGAACUUUUUGAACGAGCAGUUAGACUUUCACACUACAUCCACUUCCUCUCUUCAGAAAUGUUCAAUGAAUUUGAUGAACGCUAUAGUCAGGGCCGGGAUUUUAUUACAAAAGCUGUUAAUGGCUGCCACACUUCCUCCUUAACCACCCCUGAAGAUAAGGAGCAAACUCAGCAGAUUCAUCAUGGAGACCUACUGAAUUUAAUAGUGGGAGUGCUGCGCUCCUGGAAUGAUCCUCUGAUCCAUCUGGCCUCUGAAGUACAAAGAAUCAAAGAAGCUCCUGCAACCAUCCUCUGGAAGGCUACAGAGAUUGAAGAACAAAACAAGCGGCUUCUAGAGGGAAUGGAGAAAAUAAUUGGGCGGAUUCAUUCUGGUGAGACUGGAAAUGAAGUUUACUCUCAGUGGGAAGACCUUCCAUCCCUGCAGCUCGAUGAUGAGGACUCCAGACUCUUUGCCUUCUACAAGCUGCUGCAUUGCCUCCGCCGAGAUUCCCACAAAAUUGACAACUAUCUCAAGGUUCUGAGGUGCCGCCUAAUCCAUGAUAGUAAUUGUUAGCUACUCGUGGGCCUGAUCACUUACUGAAAUCAUUCAUCAUGGUCUGCUUGUUGCUUUGCUGCUUUCCAUUGCAAACUUUAUGAAAAGUCAGACUGUACAGGAUAAGGAUCAUCAGUAACUUUCAGGCAUGUAUGUAUGAAUUCUGGCUGCAACUAUUAGCACCAUUUGUCUUGAUGUUACAAAAUGUUAUAAAUUACUUGUGUAACAAGAAUACACUUUUCUGUCUAAUCCUCUCACCUAUUAGCAUUUAAGUGAUAACCAGAUCAUGCAGACACAAAGCAAAAUGUUAUUAAAUCCAAAA